GCGGGUGAGAAGACUGAGAGAGGCGUAGUUUCCGUCCGUAGCAGGCUGACGGCAGCGGCAGCUGGAGCGGUAGCGGCGGCGACUACGGGAGCGGGAGUCACGAGUCAGUCCCAGCUCCCGCUUGUUCUUCCGCGAAAAAAAUGUUCAUUUCCAUAUGGCAGUACCUCUAUAGGCAUUUUUUUCGAUUUUGGAUGAAGUGGAUCUUGCGAUUGAUUACCAGAAAAUGUGAACUACAGCGAAUCUGUGAUAGUUUUAUAAGUGGAGAAAGAACAUACAAAAUGGAAAUUGCUUUGGAAUUCUCAAAAAAUAAGGUUUUACAAAAGGCUACAUUUGUCAAUCAAAAUAACAUAGAAGAAUGUGUAGAAGAUAUAAUGAAAGAAAAGAAUAUUAACCCCAAAAAGGACAAAAGGUUUAAAGUCUGCAUGAAAGCAUGCUUAUUGCAGAUAUCUGGCUAUAAGCAGCUCUACUUGGAUGUAGAAAAUAUAAGAAAAAGUUCUUACGAUUCUAAUAACCAGUAUCACGAGGAGCUACUAUUGAAGCUUUGGAGUCUGCUGAUGCCUUAUGAAAAACUGAAGGCUAGAAUCACCAAGCAGUGGUCUGACAUUGGUUUCCAAGGUGAUGAUCCCAAAACAGACUUCAGAGGCAUGGGCUUGCUGGGAUUAGUCAAUCUUGUGUAUUUGAGUGAAAAGUACACCAAAGAAGCUCAUCGGAUUCUAAGUCAUUCAAGCCAUCCAACUUUGGGAUAUUCCUUUGCAAUAGUUGGGAUCAAUCUAACAGAAAUGGCUUAUAGCUUAUUGAAGAGUAAUGCUUUGAAGUUUCAUUUCUAUAACUCUGUUUCUGGUUGUCCAACAAUGGAACACUUUCAUCAAUUUUAUUGCUAUCUCUUCUAUGAGUUUGACAAAUUUUGGUUUGAAGAGGAGCCAGAAAGCAUUAUGUAUUUCAACCUUUAUAGAGAAAAGUUUCAUGAAAAAAUUAAGAGACUUCUGUUGGAUUUCAGAGUAAUACUUACCUUAAAAGUAUGAACAGUCCUACACAUCUUCUGAUUCCUACCAUGUUUUGCACACAAAAUUGAAUUUCUAUGUUGUAAUGGAAUUUCUCUGACCAAUUUUGCUGGAAACUUUAACAGUGUAACUUUUUAUACAUAAUUUCUUACAAAAAAUUCCAGAAACCUCUUUAAGUAAGCUAGUGGACAAUCAGUGUGUGUUUACAAUUGUUUCUACACUGCACUCCAAAGGUAAGUUGCUCUCCAAAGAUCUCCUCUGUAGGGUCAUGUGAUCUAUAGUUGGGGACUUGGGACUUAGCCCUUUUGGCCAAGAAGCAUAAAUCAGGUAUUUGUACUACAGCAGGUUGAUUACCUUGUAAAAUCACUACCUUUUCUCUUAUGCUGAAGACUGUCAGGUAAGUAGCAACAAGAAAGUCCUUUUAGGGUAUUUUUUAGAACUUUGUAUUCUGACUUCUCUCAUUUUAUUUUUGUUGGUGAUAGAGAGCCAAAGUAGUGGGAUAGGUUGUUCAUUGAUGUUCAUUUCCUAUUAUGCUUCAGAAGGUGACAUUAUUGAAAGCAAAAAGGAUGCAUAGCUAUGUGAAGAUUAAAAAUCAGUUUUUGCUUGAUUUAGUGCCAGCUGAGUUCAGAAAAGAUCUUCAGAAUAGAAGCACUUGGUAUAUGUAAGAUUUUUCUCUCCACACAUACUUGAGAAGUAUGAUUUGUUGCUUUUCUUGGAACUCAACAAGAUUUUCUGAUCUAUCCUCAAAUCUUGAACAUACAGUUUCUGUAGGCCACUUUUUUCAUAAUCCCUCCUUUUAACCUUCAUAUGUAUACAGAUGAAGUAACUUAUUGCCAAGGAAAUCUUAAGUUGUUUUAUGAUAACCCAAAACUCUACUUGAGACUUAAAUGAGGGAUGCCAGCUUCAUUUUUUUUUAUCCUUUUAGUCCAUUCAUGUAGGUAAUGUGACUAGAGUACUCUUGCUCUACUGUCUAGAUUCAUGUGUAGGCUCUUUGGGGCAAAAUAUGUGAAACAUCAAUAUGAUGAAUAAUCUCUUACCUAAUGUCCGUAUGGUAACUUACCACAGUAUGAGGGCCAUGAAGAUGGUUCUGUUAUUUCAACCUUGGUUCUUACCCAUUUCAUGAAAUAGUAGCAACCAUGUGGUGAGGAUUGCCAGUCCUCUUUUAUUUCAGAUUUUAGUGCUCAAGGCAACUAAACCAAAAGGUCUUGGAAAACAGGAAGUUUCUUUGUUUACUUAAUACCCCUUUAUAAUACUAUGAAAGCCAUCCUAUGAUGAGCUUGGUUUCUUUUGAAGUACAGUAUUAGCACUUUUUUUUGGUCAUACGGUACAUGGAAAAUGUUUAAAUAUUCUUUUUUUUCUCUCUGACAUAUCAAGAUAUGAAGCUUUCAAUAUUUGUUCUUUCAUAUUUGUUUACAAAUCUCUCCUUAUUCUUGUCAUAGAGAGAAUUAACAGGAAGUAACUGGAUUGGAAAGUAGCAGAUGCAACAUAAAUAUCACAUACAUUUCACUGUGCAUUCAAUAAAGUAACUAUUUUCUUACUUAGAUAAAUAUAAUUAUAUUUUUAAUUUGAUAAAAAAAAUUUUCUUGAUGUAGUUGGGAUGUAAAAGUCCUACUAUUAUGAAUAUUUAGCAUUGGUUUUCUGGAAAGAGAAAUGAACUAUUUUGGGAGAAAAGGAAAAUCACCAUUUUCAAAGAAAAGGAAUAAUAACAAAAACUGCUAAGCUAGAAAUCCAAAAUACAAAUACAAUAGAGUUCUAACACGGAGCAAAGACACAAGGAAUAAUUUCAGUAUAACUCAAAGGAGAUGUUAACUGUGUGUUUUGUGGGGAAACAAUUGUCAUUUCUUUAGUUCUCAUUAUGAAAAUUUGCAUAUUCCCAUUUUAAUGUUCCAGAGAGACCUUUUUAACUGGCUUCAUGCUCUGCCAGUAAAACAGGUUGUUGAAGUAAAGAAGGGUGUGUUUCAUGUAAACAGAAUUUUUCUCCUUAUAACUGAUUUCUUCAGUUACCCUGAUGCUAUAUUCUAUACAGCACAGCAUGGAUUUUUUUCCUUUCCAUCACAAAAUAGUCAAGUUGCCAUUUAAUGGGAUGUAAUUGAUCUAAAUCAAGAGUUGUAAGAUUCACUGAACCAGAAGCCAACACAAGUCAGGCUUCAAACUGUAAAUUAAAAUGCCAACUGAAUAUUCUAACUAUACGUGCAUAAUGGUGGCAUACAUUAGAUAAAAACCAAGUCCAGUGAUGUAGAUUUUCUAAUUUAUAAUGAAACAUUUCUUCUUCUCUUCUCUUGAUUUUCAAUAUAUGUAAAGUAAAAUUUUAUGCUAUUGUUUUUGUACCAGUAUUUGUGAUAGUUUGUUUCUGUAACAAUGACCCUGAUGCCAACGUAGCGGUAGAUACAUGAUUGUGGUAGCAGGAUAAUUGAUUAUGUGUUACUGGUUUAGAGCAUCAAACAAAUGAAUCAUUAUUUUAAAAAAAAUUGUGCUGGGGUGAAGGGUAUUUGCCAAUGGCAAGAAUAUUCUGAAAAUGUAGCUUUUGAGAUUGUAGUGUGUCUAUGUUCUGAAAGACAAUCUUCCAACAAAUGGGCAAAAUCUGCAAUUAUAUUGUUAAUCUCAGUACUAGCCUCUCUGUAUCAAUAUGUGAUCUUGAUAAAAAUUCACUUAUCAUUUUAUUAAAAUUAUUUGAAAAAUGGAAUAAUUUCUUGGAAAUAUCCCUGCUCUGAUUUUUUUCAACUUAAAACACUUUGAAUUUUAACUUAUUUCUAAUUAAAAUAUUUGGACUCUAAAAAUAUUUUAAUUGCUCACAAGAGUAGUUGCUGUAAUUUUCACCUUCUAAGAAGCCCCAAGUAGUAUUAAAUAGACAAACAUAACUGUGAGAUAUUUGAAAGAAAGAGCAUUUGUUUGAGUAUUAAAUACAUCAUGGUAUGGUAAAACUGUCUUAGAAUAUGAUAGAGGAAGCUUCUUUGUUUAAGUAGUUAGGUUUAGAGAAUUGAAGAAUAGAAUAUUACCUUUGAGAAAUACUGAAUGGGCACUAACUUAAAUAUUGGUACUGUUCUGAUUUCAAUGUUGUAAGUCUAAAAUUAGGUUUGUGUCAUUCUGAUUUUUUACUCCUCUCCAAGGAAGUUUGUGGAGGUGAAAGUUUCAUUGUCAUCACUAACCUAACCUCUUCACACAAACUUUUUAUUAGGAAGAUUUAUUAAGAACCCUCUUAAAACAUGAGACUGAUGACAACUUCUGAGGAAAAGGAAGAAUGUAGUCCAAGUUGGGGUUCUUAAUUUUGUAGCUACGGUGUUGCUACAUAAUGCUAGAAUGAAUCUGUUCUAUUUUCCUUCCAAAAGAUGAACUCCCAAGAAUAAUUAUAUCUCUGCUUUCCCUAGAAAAUGCUUGCAUAACAGCAACCUGUAGAAAAUUAAGUGUGAGAGUUUUGAAUGGAAGAUGGGACUUAUCUUAACCUAAUGUAAAAGCAAUGUGCUGUGUUGUUUUUGUUUAGAAUAUGUUAAAGGAGCAAAUAAAGUCCAAACUGUUCAAGAA